GCCGUUCUCGCAUUCUACCUUGAGUCAAAGACUGCAUUUCUCCCAGGCAGUGCUCCGAAAUUGGUUUGUCAUAUGCGCCGAGAGCAAAGCUUUGGAAGCAAAAAAAUAUAUCGAGCUCUUUGCCGUGGAGAUUUUCAAACAAGACACAUUUAUUGGCACAGCCUACUUUUUUUUGCGCUAAUGUGUUUUGCCUUUGAGCUUUUACUUUCGGACGUGAUGUAGUAGUUACUGCACAAGAGGACGUGAUGUAGUAGUUACUGCACAAGAGGACGUGAUGUGCGCCACUUCUUUUGAGGGACUGUCAUCUGGAUACACAAGGAGACCGUUCUUUCUCCAGCAAUAUCGAAAGUACACGGAUCAUACAGACAUGUCCAGCUCUUCUAGCCUACUAUCGGACUUCUGAGAAAAUAUAAGCGGAGUUAUUCGAAAUUAUUAUUUGGAAUCGCCCAUCUUUUCCCUCGACCCUCUGAGGAGACUGAUCUGUGCGCAAGGACGAUAUCAAUUGUGUAAAGAAAAUAAGUGUGAACAAUUUUAUCACUUACACUUUCAAUGGGAGGACUAUUUGAAGGGUAUAAUCGUUUCACCACUGUCUUCUAAAACACGGAUGGGAUAUAUGGUUCUAGUCUCUGAGAUGUGAUGUACUGGAUUUGUAAGGAGCUUUGACGAGAGAAGAACCACUCACAGGAUAGGCUUUGAGAACCGUGAAACCGGACCAUAACAGGACUGCAGUGCAGCGGAAGGAACCUAACAGACGGAGCGCUCGCUUUGGGCUCACCAGGGAAGGCCUGACCCCUCCAUUGGGUGGAUCGACAGCCAGGCGGAGGGGCCAUGUGGUCUGCACGCCUGCUCCUCUUCGCCAGCCUGUUUGCGCCAGCAGCUCUGGCCUUCAGUCGAGCUCCCAUCCCCAUGGCGGUGGUGAGGAGGGAGCUGUCGUGUGAGAGCUACCCCAUCGAGCUGCGCUGCCCAGGCACCGACGUCAUCAUGAUUGAGAGUGCCAACUACGGCCGCACCGACGACAAGAUCUGUGACGCCGACCCAGCGCAAAUGGAAAAUACACGCUGCUACCUUCCUGAUGCCUACAAGAUCAUGUCCCAGAGGUAACAAUCUAGACCUCUAUAUACAGUGAGCUCUAAAAGUAUUGGGACAGUGACCCAUUUGUUGUUGUUUUGGCUCUGUACUCCAACACAUUGCAUUUUUAAAUAAUACUAUGACCGAGGUGAAAGUGCAGCUUUAAUUUGAGGGUGUUUUCUUCCAUAUCGGGAAAUUGCAGGUCUUUUUGUACAUAGUCCCCGCAUUUUAGGGGACCAAAAGUAUUGGGACAAAUUCACUUAUGCAUUAAAGUAGUAAAAAGUAAAACAUGUAGUCCCAUAUUCAUAGCACGCAAUGACUACAUCAAGCUUGUGACUACAAAUUUGUUUGACUAAUUUGCUGUUUGUUUUGGUUGUGUUUCAGAUUACCAGUAUUAUUAUUAUAGAAUGGUAAAUAAUGUAUUGUCAUUUUGGAGUCACUUUUGGUGUAAAUAAGAAUAGAAUAUGUUUUUAAACGCUUCUACAUUAAUGUGGACGCUAUCAUGACUAUGGGUAAUCCUGAAUGAAUUGUGAAUUAUGAUGAGUGAGAAAGUUAGACACACAAAUAUCAAGCCCCAAAGACAUGCUAACCUCUCACCAUUACAAUAACAGGGGAGAUUGGCUCAUUGACACCUGCCCCAAGUACUGACUUUGCAAUUUUGGUUACCUUUUAUUGAGCCUUUGUCUGGG